AUAUGACAUUUGAAAUAUUAAACAAUUGCGAAAAUCACAGCGUAAGCUCUAUAACUCAAAUCGUUUUAAUAAUAUCCUUAUUAAACAGUGUGUUGAAUUUAAGUGUUCACCAAGUUCGAUAACCAGCCGGAUUGAAUAAUGCACUUAUGGGGUGAUGUAACUCUUCAGAAAGAUUCAAAUGGGGUUGAAUACCUUCAACUUAAUGAAAGGCAGACAAAAACUCGCACAGGCGAUAUUGUGUCCGAUAUCCAGAAAGUAAGGCAUACAGUUUGGGCGACCAGCGACCCACAGAGAUGCCCUGUGAACAUGUACAAACUUUAUGCUAUUAAAAGACCUGAAGAAUUUUUGAAUCCUGAAGAUCCAUUUAAUUUGGACCCUAGAACAAUUUCUGCCACCAAUGAAGAUUACAAAUGGUUCACAAAAAAUAGAGUAGGAGAUAAAAAACUUGGAAAAUUAUUGAAAAGUAUGUGCAAAGAGGCUGGUCUUGACAAAAACAAGAAACUUACGAACACGGAAGACAUUAGUCUCAAAACUUAGGUACAAUGGUAUAGUACCGACGGACAUUAUUCAGAUAUCUGGACAUAAAAACAUGCAAUCUGUCCUGAAUUACUCUUCACUGUCAGAAACAAAACAUCACCAAAGUUCAGAAAUUUUAAA